UCAGACUUUUAAAUUUAAAAAAAAGGAACAAAUAAAGUCAACAAUAUUUGAUUUUUCAUUAUUGUUAAAUAAUGUAUUUCUGAGCAAUACGAAAUAUUGUUAGUUUAUUGUUGCUCUGCGUUAUUGGAAGUCGAGUAACUGCGUUACGGAAAGCGAUUUUUCUUGAUUUAUUGAUAUUGCAUUAAUUUAAAUUGAAUAUUGAUAAAGAUGAUUCAGAUUUAUCUGAAGAUGAUUAUUGUUUUUUGCUUGCUGAGUGGAGGACGUGGAUUUGAGAGAAAUCAUCCUCGUAAGAUGAUUCAUUCAGAAGUCAAUAUGACUUUACUUUUGAAUAUAUUUAAAGAUGACAAAAUUGAACCUCUAGUUGGAAGAAAUUACAUUUAUUCGACAUUGAAACCGAAAUUGUUGAAUUUCACGAAGAAAAAUGUCGAGGAAAGAACUCAUUCCUGGAUGAUAGAAUCAUAUCCCAAAAGGAAAAUUGAAUAUUCGGGAGAUGAUGUCGAUAAAACUGCAACAUUUCCAUCGUCAUCAAUACCAUUUAAUUGGAUUCAAAAUUGGAAGAAAUUUAUGGACGUAAAAAAUGAGGAAGAGACGUUAAAUUCUAUUGCCUCGUUAUCUCGUAAUAAUAGAAGACACCCGAAGUCUGAUAAAACUGUUCAAGAUAGAAAAUAUAUUGAAAGAAUUAACCCAUAUUUAAGUGUAUUUAUACUGAUGUUAGUUUGGAUAUUUGUCGUCAUUUUAAUGUUCCUCUGCUACUACUUUUUGUGUGCAGAGAAGUUUAACUUUAUUAUUCUUAGAGCUUUUUUUAAAAAAGAGAUGAUAAAAUUGAAGGCAGACAAAUUAGGUGACUAUCAACUGCUUCAAAAUCUAGACGAAGUGGUAAUUAAUGAACAAGAGUAUUUAAAAUUAAAUGAAGUAACUAUGUCUGAAAAAAGUGACGAAUUACUUGUUCUGGCUAUAGACCAGUUAAAAGAGCGUCAGAAAUUCUUCCAAAGUGAAGAUGAUCCACAAUCAUCUUUCACCAUAAAAAUUGAAGAAUGUGCAGAAAAGAAAGAUGGAGUCGAAAGCAAAGCUGAAAGAAGCGACUCUUGUAUGUGGACGAAAAAUAAGUCCUUCCAAAUGGAGAAGUUACAAAUCAGAAACACUGAAAUGGAAUCCGAAAACGUCACGAAAUACUUUGUCAAACAGAAUUUACCGAUUGAACCUAUGGAUGUCACCAACAAAAUGUUUCGUGAUAAUCCUUCUAAUGUGAAAAAUGAUCUCGCAAAUUUAGAAAUGUUUGAGGAAUAUUCUCAUUCUAAUAAAGUUGUAUCGAACGAUUUGGAAAAAGGUCUGAUUACUUUUAAAUUAGGACACAGAAAUCUCUUGGACUCAUUUCAAAAGAGGAUUUCUAGAGAAUAUUCAAACUCUGAAGAAUCUUGGAGAUUUGAUAAGUUGCAUUAUUUUGUACUUGUCAAGAAACCAAAAAACUUUAAUGCAAAUAAUAUUAUAUAAAUUCUCAAAAAACGAACACAAAAUUAUAUUCAUUUUAU